UGACUACAUAAGCAGAACGAUGAAACAGCUAGGUGUGUCGAUAAGCCUGUGUCCAAACUGUCAUGUGGAAAAUGUCCAUGGAAUCAUUCCUACUGCUGUCACGAUGCCUGGAUCUAACGGAUUCUAGACGUGGCUACCCAAUUCUAGACAUCCUCUGCCCGAGCAUUUGAUUAUUCAUACAAUUUCGGCACACUCCAAUCCGAAUACCGCUUGACCACCACGGCCGGGAAGUCUCCCGCCAGAAACUUCCACAGAUACGGCUGGCUCCACGACUCAUACACCGCGAGGCAGAUCGCACCGAUGCGAGCGCGGUACCGCUCCAGCACAUCGAGCACCAUCUUCAGCCCCGCAUCGCUCCCGAUCGUCGUCUGCACGAUUAGCAGCUGGGUCCCCGUACGCGAGAUGCAGCGCGUGAUCCACGCGGGGGAGCGGAAGACGAGGUGCGUCCAGAGGGCCUGGGUGGCGAGUGCUGCGGCGCGCCAGGACGCGCAGACCUGGGAGGUGGCGAUCCAGGAGUAAUCUGGCGGGAGGCAGUCCUGGCACAGGAUGAGAAAGACGUGGGAGAGGAUCUCGGGGGGGAGGACAGCGGCGGGGAUGGACGCGUUGUGCUCCGCUUUGGCUGUGGCUUUGGAUGACGACGGCGGAAGGCGGGGGUGCAGCUGCGAAGGCGUCCAGGAGGCCAGUUUCUUCAUCGUGGCAGGAAGACAGCCGUUGCUGUGCACAGCGACUAGAGCCCAUGCUGCUCCCCGACAGUCACCCCCAAAGCUAUCCGCGCAGCCAAAUCGACAUUGUAGGUCAGGGCGGCACUCAAACCGGUCAGCCGCAAACAUCCGCGAGGAUUUGGUGGCAUUGAGGAGGAGAAAGACACAAUCUCACGUCACGCCAAACACGCGACAAAGGACUUCUUUCCCUCGCCUGCCACGUGAUCCGUCAGGAGGCUGUAGGCUUGGGCUUGUACAGGUGUCAGCAUCUACUGUAUGUUCUACGCUGUGUUCAAGAAUUUUGACCUUGGGCGGCAUUUUGUACGGGCUCAGUAGGAACGUCGAAGCAGGCGCUAUCAGCCCUCUCUUAGGGCGCGCAAAGGGAUCAUGCUCUUGGCGAUAAAUGGACAUCUGACACUGAGUGUUGGAGGGCUAGUCUUUGCGAGUGCGGCAGAUAAGCGGGGUCUAU